CAUUUAUCUCCCUCUCCUUAGUGCCCAGUUUCCCAGAGCGGGAUUUUCAAAAUGGCGGAAGACUCAGUCGUCUGCGUGAGCUUCGAUGGAAUAUUGGAGCCAGCGAGCCCGUCAUUGCAGAAUUGUAUCAAAUUUUCAAAGAGUGGAAGAUACUUAAGUGCCUUGUGUGACUUUGGAGUUGUCUCUAUUUGCCAGUUGACAGAGGUUGGUGAAGACUUCAAGGUAGUCUUAGUUAAAAGACUCACAUUUGGCAAAGGUGAACUUCUUGAGGGUCAUGCCUGGUCCAGCGAUGAUCAAAUAUUUGCUGUAGCUGGAUACAAGAUUUAUCUUUCUAAAGUCUGUCAGGGAUUUACCAGUCUUUAUACCAUUCCCUUGUAUUACAUGCCAAAAGACAUUUCCUUAAUCUUGACUGAUUGUUCUUCUCCACAAAAGGUGUAUAGUUUAGCUGUUGCUGGUCCAAAUGGAGUUGAACUGUAUCAAAUGGAGAUAGGAGACUUUAAAAUGAUAACUGGUGGUUCCUCAUCACUCCAUUCAGAUCUGGCCAUUGCACUGGUUGAAUUUUCCCCUGAUGAACAUUACCUAGCUGUGGUAUGGUGUGUUAAUAUGUAGUUCAAUUGCAAUUUAAAAGAAAAAAAACUCCUGGAUGAAUUAAGCACCAGGGAAUGAACUACUGACUUCAAAUCUUAUCGAAAGAACAGUUACACACUUACAAUAAAUGGUAAUGUUGUUAUAAUAUUUAAAAAUAAUUAGCUUGUUCAAUUAUUAAAAUAUAGUUUGUUAAUUAAAUGAGAAAGUCACUUUAAAAAGCUUACUUUUUCAUUUCCACCUAUAGUAAGUAAACACUCACCACAAAGUUUCAGCCUCUAAAGUGCCUGCUAUCCUGAAAGAAAUUCGUCUUGAAAGAAGCCCAAAAUUUGACU